AUGGCGGAUGCUGGAAAUAAAGAGUCAGCGCCGAUUGGAGGAGAUGAAUUUACUAACACAGAGUUGGAGAAUAACAAGAAUAACACGAUGGUGGAGGAAGGAUCCACUCUGCUGCGGAGAAUGGAGAUCAGUGUGGCCGAGGCAGAGAAAAGAACUGGGAAAAAUACAGUGAACAUGCAAGAGAUAUUCACAGUAUACCUCAUAGAAACUCGACCCAUAGAUGCAAUAACAGAAGGCCAUAACCCAGCCCCAGACUCUCUCUGGAGGAGAUACAGUGAAUUUGAGAUUCUCCGGAACUAUUUGUUAGUCACCUAUCCGUUUAUCGUGGUGCCGCCUUUGCCAGAGAAGAGGGCAGAGUUUGUUUGGCACAAGCUGUCUGCAGACAACAUGGACCCAGACUUUGUAGAGAGGCGCAGGAUUGGUCUGGAGAACUUCCUACUUCGCGUGGCCUCCCAUUCGGUUCUGUCCAAUGACAAAAUCCUAUACCACUUCCUGACUGAGGAACACAGGUGGAAGGAGGUGGUGUAUGAGACAGGGUUCCAAGCCAAGGCAGACUCCAGGAUUAAAGCUCUGAGCGCAACUUUCAGGGUGAAGAACCCUGACAAGCGGUUCACAGAGAUGAAACACUACAGCGAUGAGCUUCAGUCUCUCACCUCCCAGCUGCUCAGAGUCAGAGCAAGAGUAGCAGACAGGGUCUACGGCGUAUACAAAGUCCAUGGGAACUACGGAAGAGUGUUCAGUGAGUGGAGUGCCUUAGAGAAGGAGAUGGGAGACGGUCUACAGAGUGCUGGACACCAUAUGGAUGCCUAUGCUGCGUCAGUAGAUGAUAUCUUGGAGGAAGAGGAGCGCUACGCAGACCAACUGAAGGAAUACCUUUUCUAUGCCGAAGCCUUAAGGGCUGUGUGUAGGAAACACGAGCUGACCCAGUAUGAGCUGGAGACGGCCUCCUCAGACCUCAUCUCCAAGAAGCAGCAACGGGAGGAGCUGGCCACUGGGAUGGUACGGACGUUCUCCUUCAAAGGAAUGACCAACAAGCUGUUUGGUCAGGAGACACCAGAGCAGAGGGAGGCUAAACUCAGCCUACUAGAGGAGCAGAUCGUCCAGGGAGAGGAGACGGUCACAGAGAAAACAGUGGAGUGCGAGGAGUACGUGAAGGGUGCGUGGGUGGACAUGCAGCGCUUCAAGGAGCAGAAGGACAGGGAUCUGAGGGAGGCUUUGAUUGGCUACGCCGUCAUGCAGAUCAGCAUGUGUAAGAAGGGCAUUCAAGUGUGGACCAAUGCUAAGGAAUGUUUCCACAAGAUGUAAGGUGGUCGGGCCGUGGGUCAGCGACGACGUCUAUGGUACGAG